AUGCUUGUUCGAUCCGUCAUCACGCAGGCAGCGCGCGGAGGGAGAUGUGUUGUGCCUCGCCGUUAUUUCUCUUCGCCCUCCGUUAGCCAAGUUGUAGAUGUGAAGCAAGCUGGAGAACGAAUUGUUUUAGCCGGAGAGGCAAAUGGAGCUGGGGGGAGAGUUCGCAAGAAUCCGUUGGAAGAAGAUCCUCUAGUUUACGGGGGAUGCUUUUUAGGUGGAGGUCUCGUCUACAUGGCUUCGGAAUUUCUCGAGAUACGUUCCCUUCUGCUUAAGGAAUCUGAGGUGAAGAAGAAGCUUGUUGGGUCCCAAAUCGGUGUCCCACACUACGACUGA